AUGGGUGGAAAUUUCUCGGGUCUGCAGCCUGCUCUGUUCUUGGUGGAGGUGGCUAUGUCAGGUGUCAGUGUGCGGGACCUGCCCGACCCAUGCCUGCCCCGCGUCCCGCACCUCCUCUCCUGCCCUCCCCGCACACAGGUGGCUCUGGGAUGCAAUGGGAUGUCCUGGGGGUCACUGGGGGUCACUGUCGCCUCCGUCUUGUGUCCAGUCGUCUCUGGGUCCUGGAGGGAGCUGAUCCUUCAGAGCCUGGGGUCAGAGGUCAUCGCGGCCCUGGCAGUAACCGCUCCUGUCCCCGCAGCGCGGUUCCUGGAACAAGCAACCAGCGAGUGUCACUUCCUCAACGGGACGCAGGGGGUGCGCUACUUGCGGAGAUACUUCUAUAACCGGGAGGAGCUCGUGCGCUUCGACAGCGAGGUCGGGGGGUUCCAAGCCCUGAACGAGCUGGGGCGGCCCGACGCCGAGUACUGGAACAGCCAGCAGGAGGUCCUGGAGGACAGGCGGGCAAGGGUGGACACCUACUGCAGACACAACUACGGGGUCGGGUACGGCUUCACGGUGCAGCGCCGAGGUGAGCGGGGCGGCGCCGGGAGGGCGGAGACGCGGGGCGCGUGA